CACGUGCUUGAACAAUCAUCAUGACUGCCCAAGAGAGGUCGUUUUCUGGUAAAGUUGCCUUGAUAACAGGUAUUAGCUAAUGCUUUUUGGUUGUAGGUGAAUAUUGUGUGGCUCCUUUUUUCUUCCUCUCUUUUCUAAGAGUGAUCAUUUGUUAUCAGAAAGUAGAAAUUUCAUGGGAUUGAGGGACUUGCCACCUUACAGCUAUGUUUAAACAUACGCAGGGUGGGGUGGGGGGAUAUAGCUAUAGGCUAAGGAUUAUUAUUGAAUUAUAUUCCUUUAUUCGAAAGAUCAGUUUUAAAUCGUAUGUUUUAACCAUAGAACUUACUAAUAAAAAUGUUUUAGGAGGAAGUUCUGGUAUUGGCCGAGGUGCAGUUCUUUUGUUGUCUAAACUUGGUUGCAGUGUUGCUUUUGGAGGGAGAAACAAAACUGAACUUGAUAAUGUGGCAGCUAAGUGCAAAGAGGCCAGAAGCGAUGCUCAGGUAAUUAACCUUUUUCCUCCCAAAAGGUGUCAAGUCAUCAAAUAAAAACACCUUAACCACUGAAAAGAGGCUCCCUUAGGGUAAAAUUCCAACAAGCGACAUGGCCUUGAAACAGAGGCAUAAGGCAGACGAAAUGUUGGCAAAUAACAUGAAGAUGGUUUGAAGCUGUGACACUCACAAAUACAAUGAUAAAAUACUGACAGUGACAUGCCCUUUUUUCAGUGCAGAAAAUGCCGACCCCCUUUGAAAUUCAGACUAGGGAUAUUAUAUGCAUACACCCCACCAAGAAGGCUUCUGUACAAGUUCUUCUUAAUGUAGUGAACUACACAGUCGACUCCCAAUAAUUAUUCAAACCUUCUUAAAUCUAGCAGGUGUUCUAGGGAAAUCGAUCCGCCACUUGUCUACACAAACUUACUUUAUAGCCCUCUUUAAAAUUCCCUUAUCCUGCUAUUUUAUCCCUAGGAUUCUGGCAUCCCAACCCCAUAAAUAAUAUUAUAGGAAAUCCUGCUCCCACUUGUCAUUGAAUUCCCUCUUCCCGCUCCUGUUUUUAGCUUGCAUCCCAAGUAUCACCACAAAAAAUAGUCAAACCCUGCAUCCCGUCAAACCGACUGUGGACCCUCAGUUAUUGGUAGUUCGAGUUAUACAUGUAUAGACAUGUACUCAAAAAAAUUCAUUUGAUUUAUUUUAAUUGGAUUGAUUUAUUUUUUAAGUACUUAGAUAAUUCAUUUGAAUCCCCAGCCAUAAUACAAGAUUACAUCUUUUGGGAGUCUUUUGUGGUUUGUAAUGGAAAGAGUGCUAUGUUUUGUCAGGUUUUACCAGUGCAAGGUGAUUUAGAAAAAGAUGAAGAUAUAAAAGCACUUCUUGAGGCCACAAUAAAACACUUUGGAAAGCUGGAUAUUUUGGUAAGAACAAUGUUGUUGCUGUUGAUGGCACAAACCCAAUCCUUUAAGUAACUUUCCUUUCAAUGUUAUAAUUUUUGUAUAAGCAACUAUUACCCAAAAUAUUAAACUGAAUUUGAUGUAAUAUAUAUUCAUUCUGACUCAUUUGUUCCCAUGAUGCAUUUCCUAUAAAAGUAUUGAGGAAAAGUUAAUUGUCUUGUGCAAUCAUGUCCUUAAUUAUCAUCGCCAAUCUGUUGUUGUUCGGAAGGCUGUGCUCUAAAAAAAAUUGAAGGGAACCCAGUGCUCUGAACUUGUGAAAUCCAGUGUGCCCAGCAUAUGAUUAGUCAAACGAGAACAAAAGUUAGGCACCAUAGGCCACCGGGUUCUGCUAGAGCACAGCCUUGUCCUGAAAAGGUUUGUUACUGAUCUGAUUCUUAACCCUUUAAUUAGGGCUUAAAUAGUGAAGAAGGCUAGAAGUUCUAGCCGUUUGCAGAUGUGAAACCAGGGGCGGAUCCAGGAUUUUUCUUGGGAGGUGGUGCACCAGUAAGGAAUAAAGUAACUGACUGGUGAUGUAAACAAAUUUUGAUACAGAAUACCACAUCUCAGUUUAUGAUAUCUUCUGUUAAUGUGUCGUGUUACCUUAAUGUUUAAAUGAUUUAUUUUUACAUCUUUAUUUACAAAAUAUCUAAGAUACCAUCCGUGCUCUGAUUGGUCGAGAGGUGUGUUUUUAGUUGAAAACUUGACAAGUUUACUUUAUUUACCCAUUCCCUUGUUGGCUGAAACUAGGAAAAUCUUUAGAGACAUGCUGUGUCAAUUUGUUUGCGCUUAAGCUGACAUUUUAAGCAAGAAAAAUCCAUAUUUUUGGAAAGCAUCUUUUUUGCAAAACAAGAACUGGUUACGUGAGCAAGACUUCAUGUACAAGACUUCGCGACUGGUAAGAAUUUCUCUUUUAAUCAUUUUCAGAACAAAGAAAAAAGUAAUAAAAGCAAUAAAAAAUUUUUUUCCUGUAUUUUGCAUACUAACUCUCGAGGGGUUGGGAAAAUUCUAGACAGUUAUGCAAACCCUUGACUUCAUCUUGGGGUUUGCAUAACUGUCUCGAAUUCUCCCAACCCCUCUCGUGUUUAUAUCAGGCUAUGCAAACAAUGAAAACGUUUUCUAUUGCUUAAAUGUUUUCUCCUAUACCACAGGUUAAUAAUGCGGGUAUCGUUGCUAAGGGAACUAUUGAAACUACAUCCUUGGAAUCAAAGUAAUGUGGAUAAAUACAAGGUGAUAUGUACAUUAAGUUAAAUUCCUAUAAAAAAGUAAACUAGUAAAGGGUGCAUUGGAAAAAAUGUGCUUCUGUCCUUGUUGAAACCUAAUGACAAAAUUGGAACGAGAUAGAAUGUUUUUUUUUUUUUUCAGGGGGAAGGGGUUGGUUAUUUUUCAGUGCACAUGGUAAUUUAGCUGUUUGAUUAGCACUCGAAUUGGAAAGAGUUUGUUAAUGGUGACAUUUAGGACCAAAAACUUUUAAACUUAGCUUGAACAUAAUUUGCUAGGCCCUUAACCCUUUGUUUUAUCAAGGUUACACUAGUGUAGCACUUGACCAUUGCUGUAGCCUGCUGAGGUGAUGUGGUUGUUGUAGAGAGGUUGAAAGAAGUAUGAAGAGGUCAAAUUGUGGAAUGACUUUGAGUCAAAGAAAGUAGCCAUUGAAAUAGCCAGAAAAGAGAAUAGUAUUUUAAGUGUUUCUGAGUUCAUUUUGGUCGCGAAAUAUGUUUGUGGGAACUGGAAAACCAGUUGCAUGUACAGUUUGGCUUUUACAUAAAUUUUUGUACUCUAGUGUUUAUUAUGAUAUUAUCAUAUUGUUUAUGUUCCGAUUCACAGGGCAGUUUUUUACCUGACAUCCUUAGCUGUACCCUAUCUGACAGAAACAAAAGGUAACACACUCUAUGUCAUCAGAGAUACUUAGAUACUGAGCUGCGUGAGAAUAUCUUACGAAACAAAACUGACACCAUUUAGUAAAAUCCUACUAGUGGUCUAUUAUCAAUGCUGCAUUAAUUCUGAUUGGUUGUGCUACUACUAGGCUAUAUGUUAUAGCCCACUAGUAGUGAAAAGCGCAGGCUUUGAAUACCAAAAUAAUUAUGGCUGAACUGCACUUUGCUAGCUAAAGUUGUUUUGUCUCGAUAUUUUUGACAAACUAGAUGGAUUUUACUAAAACAAUUAUUCCUCUCACCCUCAUGGCCUCUGAGUCAAUAGCCCAUUUGGGCUAUGGCCUCAUGGGCUAUUGAUUCAGAGCCCAUUCGUGCUCGAGGAAUAAUUGUGAAAUACCUUAUUGGUACUAAUUUUUGGGAUUUUGGCGAUACAGUAUUUCACGUUGAUUUAUUUUGAUGAUUUCAAUAGGCAAAUCUGAAAAAAGGGCAUUAAUCUUCACGAUUCAAGCAUUCUCACUUUCAUUUUAUCUUUCAUAAAGUCAGAACUUAAUAUUCAAAUUUAGGAUGAAAUGGAACAAGCUAUUUUUAACACACAGAUUCUCUACCUCUACCCUUUGCAUUUACAUAUAAUGUUCACGUAUAUUACAUGUCGCGUGUUUAAAUUUCGUGAGGAUUUUUAUUCGCACAUCGUUAAUUUUUUAUUUUUUUACUGUCGCGAAAAACACAAAAUUAAGGGCCUGCGAAUGUACUUAUUAAUAAGAUACUAUACAUACUGUAGUACUAUACCGUAUUUAUUCGAAUAAGCACCCAACCUCGAAUUAGCGCCCACCUCGAAUAAGUGCCCAUCCUAGAGGCAGAAAAAGUUAAUAAGCACCCAGCCUCGAAUAAGCGCUCACCCCACCCCCUCCCCUCCUUACUAAACUCAAAUAAGCGCCCACCCUCACCCCACCCACUUGAGUGACUAUGAGAUUGAAAUUGAAAUUGAAUAAGUACUUAUAAGAGACUUCCCCGAAGACGGCGUUUUCUUCAGAGUAUUUUACAGAAAUCUUGCUUUGUUACUUCUUCGCGUUUUGUUAUUACCUUUUACUGUUUUGUUGCAAAGUAAACAUACUACACUUGCUGAAAGUGGUGAAAAUUUAAUAAUCGCCCAACCUCGAAUAACCGCCCACCUCAAAUAAGCGCCCACUCUCAAGGUCCAAAAAUUUAAUAAGCGUCCAGGGUGGUUAAUCGAAUAAAUACGGUACAUGUACAGUCAGGGCAUCUUUUGAAUACCUGCGCGUUGGUAGUUUUUUUUGGCUCAGCAAUGAUUGUAAGGAAAACAAUUAUAAAGAUGCUUUUAAAUGCCCAUGAAGUGCGAGGUCUUUGUUUGGUGACUUUUUGGCUUUAGAAUGGAUAGUUAAGGGUGCAAUUUACGCUUUUCCCAGCUCCACAUCCAAAUUUGCAAUCGUCAUGUUAAUUAAACAGUUAGAUGCUGGUAUGCAGCUAGAUUAAACUUUAGAAGAAUUUUAAGUCAGACCUCAUCCAGUGUUUUGUUAUGUCAACCAUACAAGUUGCACAAUAUCCAAAAUGUUGAAGCAUACUACCUGUACACUAUAUCUGCCAAAAUAACACGCAGGCCUCAGCGUUACAAAGUUGGGCGCGUAAAUGAGAAAACUUAGCCUUUUUAUUACUUCGUCAAGCAAAAAUCUCCCAAUUUUUCUAAUUUACCAGAGCAAGUUCUCCUUUACUUGUUGGAACGUCCUAGAUUGAACUUACCUUGCAACGUUUUCGUUGCAGUAUUGAUUGCAAAAAUAGAACUUGCUUCUCAUUUUUUCAGAUCGUUAGUCAAUAUUAUUAAUCACGACAGAGCUAAAUGAAAAUUUACAUAUGCCAAAGACCAAGAAGCUAAAUUCUCUCUCGCAUUAAAUUUCAUUUCUCUAAUUUUUAAAACCAAUGCAAUAUUAUUAAUAUGUAAUAUAUAUAUUUUUUGCUUUAGGGUGCGUUGUGAAUGUUUCUAGUGUUAAUGGCAUGAGAUCGGUAAGUUUACCAUCGUAAUUCAAUGAAAUAUGUUACAUUUUAUUGUCAUACGAAGUAUUUCGAUGUCUUUAGUGUUUAUUAACAUAAACUUUCCGUAGGCUGGUUGUUUCCCUGUUAUUUUAAACGCAAGGCUUAGGCUCAUCAAUCACAUAAAUUCAGUCUUGCUUCUCUUCUCAAGUAUUAAUCCUUAAGCCCCUAGGCUGUCUAACUAUAGCCUGAGAAGACAGCGGAACUGAUUACUGGUUUCUCCUCGAAAUAACAUCUGAUGAUGUGUCACUGUAAGGGCCGAUACACUCGAGGGAUUUUGCUCCUGGAGCAUGCUUCAGGGGCACGCACCGGGAGCAAAGCUCCUCCGUGUGUAUCAACGAGUUCAUGGGUAUACUUCAUCCUCGGGGGGCAGAAUUUCCACCCCGCAAAAUGCUCCACGAUAUUUAACCGGUUAAAUAUUUGGCAGCAAGCUCCCGGGGCAAACUGAGCGAACUUGAAAACGCUCCCUAGUGUGUACUGAGACGUGCAAAAUGAGCCUGGAGCAUGCUUCGGGAACAAAACCCCUCGUGUUUAUCGGCCUUAAAGAUUGGUUGGUCGUGCCCCAAGGGAAAUUUGCCUUAACCAAUCAGAAGCACUAUCUAGAUCUGGGUAGUGACGUGUCAUCAGUAUGAAAUUUCUGCAGUCGUUCCUCACACGUCAUUUCGCGGGGAAACCAGAGGUGACACCGCGACUGUUGGCUGUUUACACAUUUGUCACUGAUGGUUCUCCGUAUUGUUUUGACAGUUUCCUGGCGUGCUCGCCUACUGUAUGUCGAAAAGUGCAGUUGAUCAGCUCACGAGAUGUGCUGCUCUCGGUACGUAGGCCACUUUAGUGGAGUAACCAAAGCAGACUUCAUGUAUAAACAUUGACUUAAGCUCUAACAAGGACGAAAGAACUGUCUCUGCUUGCCGGAACUGUAUCGGAUCGUUUUGCUCAAGGUCAGUUCGCAUGGACUUACGUCGAUUCGCCCGAUGGGUAUUUUCGUUCUUUAAGCCUGAAAAAAGGAUCAAGCGUAAACACAGGGGCUGUACAUGUGAAAUCCUACUCGGUUUGUAGAGUAUCCUAUGUCAUCGGGCGAGUCGACUUGAGUUCGGGCGAAACGUCGUCGGGCGAAACGUCCCUAAUUCGCGGGCAAUGCUUGGUUGAUGUGGCUGUCUGAGUUUCAUGUGCAAGGUACCUCUUAGACAAGAGAGAUGAUGUAUCGUUUGUCUCUUGCUGUCUUUUUAUAUUAACCUAUGGGUACCCUGUGUGAAUUACUGUUUAACCCAACCCGAUUAUGAAAGUCAGGGUUCCAUCCUGAAGGUUGAUUUUUGCAGCCAGUUAAUUUGCAUUUAUCAUGUUGCAGAACUUGCGUCGAAACAGAUCCGUGUUAACUCAGUCAAGUAAGUGAGAACAACAAAAAAAAUAUUAAAUAGUGCGCUAAUUCAUGUAUACCCGGUAAAUAGGGUGAAAUGCUCAUCACGGGAUCUAUAUGUAACCUGCGACGCCUGAUCACAGGUUGCUACUUACGCGUGAUCAAGUGUGCAAUCAUUGAACGUCCUCUUCCCUUUAGUAUUUUAUCAUCACCCUUCUUUAAUCAUCAUCGUCAUCGUCAGCAUUGUCUUCAUCGUCAUCAUCAUCACCAUUGUCAUCGUUGUCGUCUUGCCUAGUCCCUGUACGGCGUUUUCCCAGUCCCUCUCGGUCAAUUCACUUAGGUGACGUAUCCGAGGCGAACGAGCAGGAAACGCCUAGACAAAAACAGAAUGCGCAUGCGUGUGUUGCUUUUUGAAAUUCAAGAGACUUCAAGAUGUUGUCGAUGAUGGUUUUUUCAAACCCUCGUGGAUAUUUGCGGGAUCGACUUUUGCUUUUUCUUCAGAGUAUUUUACAGAAAUCUUGCUUUGUUACUUCUUCGCGUUUUGUUAUUACCUUUUACUGUUUUGUUGCAAAAUAAACAUACUACACUUGCUGAAAGUGGUGAAAAUUUAAUAAUCGCCCAACCUCGAAUAACCGCCCACCUCAAAUAAGCGCCCACUCUCAAGGUCCAAAAAUUUAAUAAGCGUCCAGGGUGGUUAAUCGAAUAAAUACGGUACAUGUACAGUCAGGGCAUCUUUUGAAUACCUGCGCGUUGGUAGUUUUUUUUGGCUCAGCAAUGAUUGUAAGGAAAACAAUUAUAAAGAUGCUUUUAAAUGCCCAUGAAGUGCGAGGUCUUUGUUUGGUGACUUUUUUGGCUUUAGAAUGGAUAGUUAAGGGUGCAAUUUACGCUUUUCCCAGCUCCACAUCCAAAUUUGCAAUCGUCAUGUUAAUUAAACAGUUAGAUGCUGGUAUGCAGCUAGAUUAAACUUUAGAAGAAUUUUAAGUCAGACCUCAUCCAGUGUUUUGUUAUGUCAACCAUACAAGUUGCACAAUAUCCAAAAUGUUGAAGCAUACUACCUGUACACUAUAUCUGCCAAAAUAACACGCAGGCCUCAGCGUUACAAAGUUGGGCGCGUAAAUGAGAAAACUUAGCCUUUUUUAUUACUUCGUCAAGCAAAAAUCUCCCAAUUUUUCUAAUUUACCAGAGCAAGUUCUCCUUUACUUGUUGGAACGUCCUAGAUUGAACUUACCUUGCAACGUUUUCGUUGCAGUAUUGAUUGCAAAAAUAGAACUUGCUUCUCAUUUUUUCAGAUCGUUAGUCAAUAUUAUUAAUCACGACAGAGCUAAAUGAAAAUUUACAUAUGCCAAAGACCAAGAAGCUAAAUUCUCUCUCGCAUUAAAUUUCAUUUCUCUAAUUUUUAAAACCAAUGCAAUAUUAUUAAUAUGUAAUAUAUAUAUUUUUUGCUUUAGGGUGCGUUGUGAAUGUUUCUAGUGUUAAUGGCAUGAGAUCGGUAAGUUUACCAUCGUAAUUCAAUGAAAUAUGUUACAUUUUAUUGUCAUACGAAGUAUUUCGAUGUCUUUAGUGUUUAUUAACAUAAACUUUCCGUAGGCUGGUUGUUUCCCUGUUAUUUUUAAACGCAAGGCUUAGGCUCAUCAAUCACAUAAAUUCAGUCUUGCUUCUCUUCUCAAGUAUUAAUCCUUAAGCCCCUAGGCUGUCUAACUAUAGCCUGAGAAGACAGCGGAACUGAUUACUGGUUUCUCCUCGAAAUAACAUCUGAUGAUGUGUCACUGUAAGGGCCGAUACACUCGAGGGAUUUUGCUCCUGGAGCAUGCUUCAGGGGCACGCUCCGGGAGCAAAGCUCCUCCGUGUGUAUCAACGAGUUCAUGGGUAUACUUCAUCCUCGGGGGGCAGAAUUUCCACCCCGCAAAAUGCUCCACGAUAUUUAACCGGUUAAAUAUUUGGCAGCAAGCUCCCGGGGCAAACUGAGCGAACUUGAAAACGCUCCCUAGUGUGUACUGAGACGUGCAAAAUGAGCCUGGAGCAUGCUUCGGGAACAAAACCCCUCGUGUUUAUCGGCCUUAAAGAUUGGUUGGUCGUGCCCCAAGGGAAAUUUGCCUUAACCAAUCAGAAGCACUACCUAGAUCUGGGUAGUGACGUGUCAUCAGUAUGAAAUUUCUGCAGUCGUUCCUCACACGUCAUUUCGCGGGGAAACCAGAGGUGACACCGCGAAUGUUGGCUGUUUACACAUUUGUCACUGAUGGUUCUCCGUAUUGUUUUGACAGUUUCCUGGCGUGCUCGCCUACUGUAUGUCGAAAAGUGCAGUUGAUCAGCUCACGAGAUGUGCUGCUCUCGGUACGUAGGCCACUUUAGUGGAGUAACCAAAGCAAACUUCAUGUAUAAACAUUGACUUAAGCUCUAACAAGGACGAAAGAACUGUCUCUGCUUGCCGGAACUGUAUCGGAUCGUUUUGCUCAAGGUCAGUUCGCAUGGACUUACGUCGAUUCGCCCGAUGGGUAUUUUCGUUCUUUAAGCCUGAAAAAAGGAUCAAGCGUAAACACAGGGGCUGUACAUGUGAAAUCCUACUCGGUUUGUAGAGUAUCCUAUGUCAUCGGGCGAGUCGACUUGAGUUCGGGCGAAACGUCCCUAAUUCGCGGGCAAUGCUUGGUUGAUGUGGCUGUCUGAGUUUCAUGUGCAAGGUACCUCUUAGACAAGAGAGAUGAUGUAUCGUUUGUCUCUUGCUGUCUUUUUAUAUUAACCUAUGGGUACCCUGUGUGAAUUACUGUUUAACCCAACCCGAUUAUGAAAGUCAGGGUUCCAUCCUGAAGGUUGAUUUUUGCAGCCAGUUAAUUUGCAUUUAUCAUGUUGCAGAACUUGCGUCGAAACAGAUCCGUGUUAACUCAGUCAAGUAAGUGAGAACAACAAAAAAAAUAUUAAAUAGUGCGCUAAUUCAUGUAUACCCGGUAAAUAGGGUGAAAUGCUCAUCACGGGAUCUAUAUGUAACCUGCGACGCCUGAUCACAGGUUGCUACUUACGCGUGAUCAAGUGUGCAAUCAUUGAACGUCCUCUUCCCUUUAGUAUUUUAUCAUCACCCUUCUUUAAUCAUCAUCGUCAUCGUCAGCAUUGUCUUCAUCGUCAUCAUCAUCACCAUUGUCAUCGUUGUCGUCUUGCCUAGUCCCUGUACGGCGUUUUCCCAGUCCCUCUCGGUCAAUUCACUUAGGUGACGUAUCCGAGGCGAACGAGCAGGAAACGCCUAGACAAAAACAGAAUGCGCAUGCGUGUGUUGCUUUUUGAAAUUCAAGAGACUUCAAGAUGUUGUCGAUGAUGGUUUUUUCAAACCCUCGUGGAUAUUUGCGGGAUCGACUUUUGCCGACCGGCUUUGAAGGUCAUCUGAAUGUUAUUCAUAGUCCUGUGAAGAUUGAUUUCUGAAUUGUUGCUCCUACCUGACUCUUGACCCAUAGUUUUAACCGACCGUGCGAAUUUUCAAAGUAAAAACGAUACUUUAGUGACCCUCUUUGUAGUAAACUUAGAACGCACAUCUUAAAUAAUUAGAAAAACCGAACAUACUUUCAAAUAAAAUUCAUUAAAUUAGCUUUGUACUGAAAAGUGCCAAAAAAAUGAACCUAAAAGUAAAAAUCCUAUUAUAUUCACCGACGUUCGCAGAAGUGAUGCGUGUAACGCGAGAAGUUAAAAAUUCAACUUGGAUGUUGUAGUCUCAGGGUCGUGUUUUGAGCUAACGGAGAAAUUAUUUCUGGAAAAACUUUAUUUAAAAACUCAUAAAUUAAUCCUUGAAAGCAAUUCGCGUAACACAAACACGGCUCAUGGAUCCGUUCACGCAAGUAAAAUCGGCUGAGCACAUGGCAAAAAUUAUUCAACACAAAUCUCAAAUCAGGGCGCUCAAGCCGAUCUCAAAAUGUACAAAACGUCUAAGAUCAAAUAUUUACUAAUACAUAAUUCUCUUUUUAAAAACGUUAUUUUCUUGACUAAAGAGUACAAUUUGUAUCUGAAAAUUCUUCAAAAACUUCGCUGCUUGGUUGCGUUUCAAAACAGGCCAAGCGCUCCGAUGACGGAAAUCUACUGAAAUUCGAAUUCCUCGAAGGACAAUUUUGUAAAAAAAAAGCCUCCCUUUGUCCAACAGAAAAAAACUAAGCAUUCUUUUAAACUUUCCCUUUCCAUCUGUGUCUUUUAGCGGCGUAUAUUUAACCUGGAAAUGCAAAUAUCGUCUUGUAAACUAGCCUGAGUAUCAGGCCUUCCUACGGGGUUAGGGGAGAGGAGAUUUUAGAUGGGGGAGGGGGGAGGGGGAGAAGAGAAAGGAAGGCCUGACACAAAUCCAUUCAGCAAAUCGUGUGACACAUCCAAAAUCUGGAUGUGGCAGUCAUUGGAUAACACACAAUACCCCUUGACGUCACCGACCGCAAGAGCGAUCGGCAAGGAGACGUUCAUUGAAAUUUUUCAUAGAUGUUUUGAUUUCAUGUUACCGGUAUGUGAUGCUUUUACAGACAGAGACGCAGAGAGGAAUUCAAAAAGGCUCUAGAGGGCGCUCCUAAGUUCUUUCCUGGAAUAAAAAUAAAACCCGAGCAAGAAUUGUGUUUUCAAGGCCUCGUAGUUUAAAGGAAACAUGUACUCGAAGUAAGGAAGAGCCUCAUAUACCAUCUUCGGCCGAAACUAUGUCCAAGUAUUGGUUUCACAAGACCGGGACAAAGAAGACGAUAUCAGUGUUUCAGAUAUCUAAGUUCAGAUUUACAACAUCCUGCCGUUAAAAGGGUAUUAUUACUGUAAAUGAAAAUAGAGCGAGGUAGCCAUGUAUUGAGAUAGCCGCGGGGAUAGCCGACAGCACCAAUGCUUUUAAAAAGCUUGACUUUGCUUGUUGCGGUUACGAUAACGUACGUGAUUGGAAUUCGUUCGCUUCCUCUUCCAAAAUCUUCUCACUUUUGAAAUGUCUUAAGCUCAAGCGGGCGCCAUCAUAUUUAGCCAGCGGGAUUGACCUUUGCUAUAGGCUCUCACUUGUUUUGAACUUGUAACAGCUUUCACGAGCUCUCUGUGAAGUGGUGGAAUCUGCUGCCGCUUGAUAAUUUCUAGUCAUAGGUGUGUCACUAUCGCACCUUCCUAUAUAUUCUUACAGCUCCUUUCAACCACCCGAGAAUACGAGGGAUAACACCAGCUUUUUAGCUGCCAGACAAGCGCCUGAUUUAACUCUGUAAACAAAAGCAAUUUACAAUUUUCCGGACACACGUUUGUUUACAAACAUAGCGUUGGCGUUCUUACACUAGCACAAUUCCUAAACCCUGUUAUAAUUCCUCAUAAACGGCAGGUUCUACAUUACAAGUAUUCGAAAACUCCUCAUUGGAGGUUUCAGAAAAAAGCGAAAUCGUAGCAACACAAGCACCGGAGCUCGGCCCGACCGUUAAGUAAGGUUUAUUUCAGGCGAGCUUUUUGACACGUAAAGCUGACAACCCAAUGAGCGGAAGUGAUUUUGAUUGGAUGGUAUCGAAUCAUGCUGUGUGAGGGUGGAAGGCUCCAGUAAAAGCAUCUGUGUCAGGCGUUUCUCGUUUCUCGUUUCUUCACCUCUCUUCCUUUUUCACUUCCAUUUUUCCCCUUUUCCCCAGAAACGCCUGAUACUCAGGCUACUUGUAAACCAAUGAUUUGAGCUUUUGUCUCACUUUUGAAGAUUUCUCUCUAUACCUCUAAAUUUCGCUUGGACCACGUGACCCGAAACGCUUUGGCCGCGCGGAAUAAAGAGGCCUAGGAACUAGGCAAGUUGUCGUCGUCAUCAUCAUCAUCAUCUUCCGCGUCGUGAUGACCGUCGUUAUCAUCACUUUCACAAUUAUUCUCCUUUUUCGUUACUUAAUUGAAGUUAGCGGAUAUGUUUAGGGGAGUUUGACGUCCAAAUGAUGAAACGCGUUCCGAUGAAACUGCAGAUAUCCAAAACCUCAUGUCAAAGUAAGCUUUUCUUUUUCUUUUCAGGAAAAAUAGUGAUGUAAGACAACCAUUUUUUUUUCUUAAGGUUCUCUCUCGGAGAUAUCUCGAAACAAAGAUAAAUAGAUGACGUUUUUAUGGCGGCAAUAUAUUUGUUGUUCUCAGUUCCGUCUUUUUCGUUUAGCCCUGGAGUGAUCACUACUGAAAUACACAAACGUGGAGGCAUGAACGAGGAAGAAUAUCAAAAGGUGUGUUGACCUCUCUUGAAAGCCUCAUUAAACGAGGAAAUGCGAGAGCUAAAACAUAAACUUAAGCGUUACCAAAGGGAAGUCUGUUUAAGGUCUCGGUAAAGGAAAACGAGGUGCCCACAGAAAAAAAUUCUAGUCGCGCGAGUAUUUUCGCUACAAAGGCAAGUUAUAUAUCAAAUUAAAGCUAAAAGACUAAAUUACCUUAUAAAAGAUUUUAUUUUAUCGAAUUUCAAAAGGCGCUUAAGUUUUUUGCUCUCGAACUCAGAGGUAUCGAGUUUACUGCUGAAGCUCCAGCCCUUUCGCGUUGUUAAAUAUUCACUUCCUUUUUAUUGCGUCUGAUUGACAGAUAAAAGACCUAAAAAAGGGUGUGAGGAAAUUUGCAUAUGUCUCGUAUUAGCGGAAUUAUUGCAUUUCAAACUAAAAAGUCGAAUCUCGAGCGCGAUUUACGUAAAGAAACUGACAUAAAAUGAGUUACAAAGGGAAAUCGGAAAAUUCCUCACACCCUUUUUGAGUCUAUAUCAUUAUCCAUCAUAUCUGAAAGUUUCAAAGCGAUAGCUUAAAACCUGUCCCGACUGGAGGUCGGAGAAUUUUGAUUUUUGCGUCUAAAAUAGAGUGAGAGAAAAUCAGCUCUAAAGAUUUAGCGCGAGGUCCACGCUUGGCUGGUUAGCGCAGAAAAGGCUCAUUUUAGAACGGUUAAAAAGCACUUUCUGAUUUUCUUUUUCUGCCAAAAUAAAAUUUAGGACCCACUCAUGCCAAAAAUCCAAAAAAAACAAAAUCGAGCAAUGUAAUAAAAUUUUCAUUUACCGAGACCUUAAAGCCGUUUUCAAUUUUGCCUGCCCUGACAACUAAACUUUUGUCUGCUGUUUAACGUAUGGUUUACUGCCCAGACUCGCUAGGAAAGCAAUUUCGAGGACCACUGAUUUUCUUAAAGUGCGCUCCAUGAUCUUUAUAAUACAGUCAAACCUCCAUAAUACGGAUGCAUCUAUUUAACAAAUAGAUUCCAUGUUGCCGUGCGUCUGUUCAGUAAUAGAUCACAGAUGACGUCAAAAUGUCGUAAAACAAAGAAGUGGCACACGAUCCGCAGGCGAGUGUGUCACUGAUGUUUUUACCACAUUUUGACGUCCUCUGUGAUCUAUUACUGAACAGACCCACGGCAACAUGGAAUCUAUUUGUUUUAUACAAUGAUCAGAAAAGAAAAAGACCGAUACACAUACCUGCCUCGAACCGCUUGACCUUUUGAUGAUUUGUGCUAGUUUAGGCAUUUUUUAAGUCCCAAACCCAACUUUUCAUCUUAGCUUCUUCUUUAUCUUACUUGUGUACAGUUUCGUCGAAAAGUUUUUCACCGUCUUUUCUUGCUCAAAGAAGAAUAAUAGCGAAAACAUUUUGCAAAACAGCGAGUCUCUCGUAGCGAAGACACACGAUGGCAACUGUUGUGAAGAUUUCUUGUAGUUAUGGUAUUGUCAAGUAGUCAAUAGCUUCUUUGUAAAUAGCUCCUGCUAAACUUUUUCCGAAGCUUUCACUUGCCUCAAUCCGAAAUAUUCUCACAAACAUUUUCAAAACCGCGUGCCAUGUUGAACAAAACAAAGAAAACAAGUUUCCCAUGACGUCCUCGAUGUAUCUGUACUCUAAUAGAUCAUGGGCAACGACCAAUCACAGCGCGCGUAGCAUUCACAUCAUUGUAUAAACAUGUAUAACAGACAUGAGUUUUCUUAGUCCUACAGAUGGAAUACAUCUUCUGUUUUUAUGAUAAAGCGAUUUUCCUAUGACCUUGAAAAAUGGUCUCGGUAAGUGUUAUUUGUUUUAUCAGCCAAUGGUUGAAAAGAUCAAAACAUGGACUCUUAUUUUCCCGCAAAGAAAACCCUAAUAUGGCCAAUCAUGUUGCAGUAUGACGUCAAAGCGAAGUACCGAUUGAUUUCUAGAAAGUUCUCGGGCAUGAAGUUUUUUCACCCGAGCGUUCGCUUAACCAAGCAAAAGCCACGUGCGUUUGAAUCCGUUCGAUAAACCAAUCAAAUCGCUUUAUUUCCGUUCGUUUGUUGUUUCUGUUUUGUUCGCGCGUUUUCAUUUCAAGGUCAUAUGAAAAUCGCUGUAUGGAUGUCUCUGUACCUUGUGUGUCCGUACUAGGACGAUGUGACUGUAUUGUACAAUCUUUCAAAUCCAAUUUCUUUUUUUUUUUUUUUGGCCAAACCUAGAAUUCAACUGAAAUGUAUCCAAUCGUAUCGAGUAUUUGGGAUCUCUUUUAACCCUGUUCCUUUUUUUUUUCUUUACUUUCCUGGUUUAUCAGGGGAGGGUCGGGGACUUGGGAGACUUUUAUACUCUCGUCGUUAUAUUGUUUUGUGUUUCGUUCAAUUUAAUAAAUUUUAAAAGUAUGAGGAGCAAAUUUUGCAGUGGCAAUUUAUGAAUUUAUAGCAAGACGCACUGUAACGCUCUUUUCUUUAAGAAUUUGUAGAAGCGUUUUUAAGGUCCUGAAGGCCGUUUUUUUAGGCCCUCUUUAGUUGCUAUUAUAAACAUAGAAGCAUACUUGAAAUAAACCAGGCGAAAUGUGAUAACACCUUUGAGUCUUCCACGAAUAAUUUCCAAUUAAUAUCUAGGAUUUCGCUAAGAGUUACCAUUUUUGCUUUAGUUUCUAGAACGAUGUAAAGAAACUCACGCCUUGGGCCGGCCGGGAAAUGUGGAGGAAGUUGCAAGCGUGAUCGCUUUUCUGGCGUCAAGUGAUGCGUCAUACAUGACGGGUGCCUCGUUGCCUGUAGACGGGGGAAGACACGCUAUGUGCCCAAGAUAACCACAUUGUUAAUCAUAUCCAGUAGUAACCAGCAAGAAUUACAAGCAUAGAAUUACCGAUCAUUUUAUUGAGUAUCCUAGAUAAAUGUGAAUUCCUUCACUAAACUCAUUUUACUCUUUGCUUAAGUUGUGUAUGUGAUGAUAAACGGAAUACAUCAGACGUGCAGAAAUUACAAUUAACGGGCAUGAAUGAAGCGAAGCACUUUUGUGAAGGAACAUUUUUGUGGCCGGCUAGCAGGUUCUUCGAUAAAAGGAUGAGGUUUCUUUGUUCUUUAACUGCUUUUAUUCGUUACGAACUUUACUACAUGGUAGAUUACAACCCUCUCUCUUAAUCUCUUUAUGGCACCUUCUUUUUAUAGUGACCAGAAAAUCCGGCUGCUUGGAGCAAAAUAACGCUUGGC